AACUCCAAGAAAGAUAGGGGCCGAGAUUAGAAGCUCACCAUAUCCAUCUGUUUUCUCUCUCCCUCUCUCUCUGUGUCUGUCUGUCUCUGUUCUUCUUCAUCCUUGUUUUUGAUCCAGUGCUGUGUCUCCGUCGAUUCAGGACAUCAUGGCUAUGUCUACAAGGGUGCUGGCUGAAUCUGCUGCCCCAUCUUUAGCUUGCUACCAGAGGAAUAUACCAUCACGCGAAUCUGGAAGAUCAAGAAGGUCGGCAAGGAUGAUGUCUAGUCAGCCUCAGGCACCUGGAUUGAGAAUACAAGGGUUCUUGGGCUUAAGGGGUCAGAAUGUGUUAGAUAUGCUUGGAAGAUCCCGUCAAGAUUUCCAUUCUAAGGUGCGGCUUACAAUGAGUUCCCGAAGAGGAAAGCCCAGCCGCUGUAUGCCGAAAGCCAUGUUUGAAAGGUUUACUGAAAAAGCUAUCAAAGUUAUUAUGCUUGCACAAGAGGAAGCUAGAAGACUGGGCCACAAUUUUGUGGGCACUGAACAAAUUUUGUUGGGUCUCAUUGGUGAGGGUACUGGAAUUGCUGCUAAAGUUCUGAAAUCAAUGGGGAUCAAUCUAAAAGAUGCAAGGGUGGAGGUAGAGAAGAUUAUUGGAAGGGGUAGUGGAUUUGUUGCUGUUGAGAUCCCAUUUACUCCUCGUGCAAAGCGUGUUCUUGAACUCUCGCUCGAAGAAGCCCGCCAACUUGGUCAUAAUUACAUUGGAUCUGAGCACCUUCUUCUUGGGUUGCUACGUGAGGGCGAAGGUGUUGCAGCUCGUGUCCUUGAGAACUUAGGUGCUGAUCCUAGCAAUAUCCGAACUCAGGUUAUACGCAUGGUUGGUGAGAACAAUGAGGUCACUGCCAAUGUUGGGGGAGGAAGCAACAGCAAUAAGAUGCCAACUCUUGAAGAGUACGGAACAAACUUGACGAAACUAGCAGAGGAGGGUAAAUUGGACCCAGUUGUGGGAAGACAGCCACAGAUAGAACGAGUGGUACAAAUCCUUGGCAGGAGAACCAAGAACAACCCAUGUCUUAUUGGAGAACCUGGUGUUGGAAAAACAGCUAUUGCAGAAGGACUUGCACAGCGCAUUGCGAGUGGGGAUGUUCCUGAAACCAUUGAGGGGAAGAAGGUUAUCACUCUCGACAUGGGUCUUCUUGUAGCGGGAACGAAAUAUCGUGGAGAGUUUGAAGAGAGAUUGAAAAAGCUUAUGGAGGAGAUAAAGCAGAGUGAUGAGAUAAUCUUGUUUAUUGAUGAAGUGCACACCUUGAUCGGAGCUGGAGCAGCAGAAGGUGCAAUUGAUGCUGCUAACAUUCUAAAGCCAGCUCUUGCAAGAGGUGAAUUACAGUGUAUUGGAGCGACAACAUUAGACGAAUACAGAAAGCACAUCGAGAAAGACCCUGCCUUGGAAAGAAGAUUCCAGCCGGUGAAAGUUCCUGAACCUUCGGUAGAUGAAACUAUCCAAAUUCUAAACGGUCUACGGGAACGAUACGAAAUCCAUCACAAGCUUCGUUACACAGAUGAGGCUUUAGUCGCAGCUGCACACUUGUCCUACCAGUACAUAAGUGAUCGUUUCCUGCCCGAUAAAGCGAUCGACUUGAUCGAUGAGGCUGGUUCUCGGGUUCGACUUCGUCAUGCACAGGUUCCAGAGGAAGCCAAAGAGCUCGAAAAGGAGCUCAGGCAGAUCACGAAGGAGAAGAAUGAAGCUGUUCGUGGGCAGGACUUUGAGAAGGCUGGGACACUUCGUGAUCGGGAAAUCGAACUAAGAGCCGAGAUAUCCGCUAUCCAAGCCAAAGGCAAGGAGAUGAGCAAAGCUGAGAGCGAGACAGGAGAUGGAGGUCCCUUCGUGACUGAAUCUGACAUUCAACACAUUGUCUCUUCGUGGACGGGUAUUCCCGUGGAGAAAGUUUCGACCGACGAAUCUGAUCGCCUUCUCAAGAUGGAAGAGACCCUCCACACACGUGUCAUCGGCCAAGAUGAAGCCGUCAAAGCUAUUAGCCGAGCCAUCCGCCGUGCACGUGUCGGACUCAAGAACCCUAACCACCCAAUAGCCAGUUUCAUCUUUUCAGGUCCAACGGGUGUUGGAAAAUCCGAGCUUGCAAAAGCUUUGGCUGCGUACUACUUCGGAUCCGAAGAAGCCAUGAUCCGUCUUGACAUGAGCGAGUUCAUGGAAAGGCACACCGUCUCGAAACUCAUCGGUUCACCUCCAGGAUACGUCGGUUACACGGAAGGCGGUCAGUUAACUGAAGCAGUCAGGCGCCGUCCCUACACAGUUGUCCUCUUCGACGAGAUCGAGAAAGCUCACCCCGACGUCUUCAACAUGAUGCUUCAAAUCCUCGAAGACGGGAGAUUAACCGACAGCAAAGGAAGAACGGUCGAUUUCAAGAAUACGCUCCUAAUCAUGACAUCAAACGUCGGAAGCAGCGUGAUCGAGAAAGGAGGAAGGCGAAUUGGGUUUGACCUAGAGAGCGACGAGAAAGACAGCAGCUACAACAGGAUCAAGAGCCUCGUGACCGAAGAGCUGAAGCAAUACUUCAGGCCCGAGUUUUUGAACAGGCUAGACGAGAUGAUCGUGUUCAGACAACUCACGAAGCUCGAAGUGAAGGAAAUAGCCGACAUAAUGCUCAAAGAAGUGUUCGAGAGAUUGAAGAAGAAAGAGAUCGAGCUCCAAGUCACGGAGAGGUUCCGAGAGAGAGUCGUCGAUGAAGGGUACAACCCGAGCUACGGAGCGAGGCCGUUGCGGAGAGCGAUAAUGCGGCUUCUCGAGGACAGCAUGGCGGAGAAGAUGCUGUCGAGAGAGAUCAAGGAGGGAGACUCCGUUAUCGUAGACGUGGACUCUGACGGCAACGUAACGGUGCUUAACGGAAGCAGCGGAGCUCCCAAGGCUUUGGAAGAGGAAGACCCACUUCCCGUUGUGUAAUGCUUUCUAAUACGGUAAUAAUAUGUACAGACAGACAGAGUACUCUGGCUUUGCUUUUUCUCUUUCUUUUUAAUUUUAAUUUUCACAAGGUGAUUUCAUGGUUUUGGCAUUCGAAAUUAUGCAAAGAAAGGGAUUGCUAUGA